AUGUGCAAGACUGUCAGCUGCCCAGACUCUGCCUUCACAACCAUCCUGGGGGAAACACAAGAAGAAGAUGAGAUUCUUCCACGCAAGGAUUAUGAGAGCUUGGAUUAUGACCGAUGUAUCAAUGAUCCCUACUUGGAAGUACUGGAAAGCAUGGACAACAAGAAAGGCCAGAGGUACGAAGCAGUGAAAUGGGUGAUGGUUUUCGCCAUUGGAGUCUGCACUGGACUGGUGGGCCUAUUUGUGGAUUUCUUUGUGCGACUCUUUUCCCAACUCAAAUUCCAUGUCGUACAAACCUCGGUGGAGGAGUGCAGUGAAAAGGGCUGCCUUGCUGUGUCCCUACUGGAACUGCUGGGAUUUAACCUGACCUUCGUCUUCCUUGCCAGCCUUCUUGUCCUGAUUCAGCCCAUAGCAGCUGGCUCUGGAAUUCCGGAGAUUAAGUGUUACCUGAAUGGCGUGAAGGUGCCAGGGAUAGUCCGUCUCCGGACGCUGGUGUGCAAAGUGCUUGGAGUGCUCUUCAGCGUGGCUGGAGGUCUCUUUGUAGGGAAGGAAGGCCCUAUGAUACACAGUGGCGCUAUUGUGGGUGCUGGCUUGCCUCAGCCCACUUUGCUUAGGGACAAAAGGGACUUUGUAUCUGCAGGGGCUGCUGCGGGGGUUGCUGCAGCCUUUGGGGCCCCAAUCGGGGGUACUCUCUUCAGCUUAGAGGAAGGUUCCUCCUUCUGGAACCAGGGGCUCACGUGGAAAGUGCUCUUUUGUUCCAUGGCUGCCACCUUCACCCUGAACUUCUUCCGCUCCGGGAUUCAGUUUGGAAGCUGGGGGUCUUUCCAGCUACCUGGGCUGCUAAACUUUGGGGAGUUCAAGCGUUCAGCUUCUGAUAAAAAAUGCCACCUCUGGACGGCUGUGGACUUGGGGUUCUUCAUUAUGAUGGGAAUCGUGGGAGGCCUUCUUGGAGCCACUUUCAACUGCCUAAAUAAGAAGCUGGCGAAGUAUCGCAUGCGGAACGUACAUCCGAAGCCAAAGCUGGUCAGAGUCUUGGAGAGCCUGCUGGUGUGUCUAACCACCACCAUUGUGGUGUUCGUAGCUUCCAUGAUUCUAGGAGAAUGCCGGCAGAUGUCUUCCGCCAAUCAUAGUGGCAACAGCACUCUGAGCCUUCAGGACUCUUCCUCGGAGGAUGUGAAUGCAAGCAUCAAGACUUUCUUCUGCCCCAAUGAAACCUACAACGACAUGGCAACGCUCUUCUUCAACCCCCAGGAAUCAGCCAUCCUGCAGCUCUUCCACCAGGAUGGUACUUUCAGCCCAGUCACGCUCUCCCUGUUCUUCCUUCUCUAUUUCUUACUCUCCUGCUGGACGUAUGGGAGCUCUGUGCCCAGCGGUCUCUUUGUACCGUCGCUGCUUUGCGGGGCUGCCUUUGGACGCCUGGUCGCCAACCUCCUCAAAAGCUACAUUGGGCUGGACCACAUCUACUCAGGGACCUUUGCUCUGAUUGGUGCAGCAGCCUUCCUGGGAGGAGUGGUCCGCAUGACGAUUAGCCUCACCGUUAUCCUGAUAGAAUCCACCAAUGAGAUCACCUAUGGGCUUCCGAUAAUGAUCACCCUGAUGGUAGCCAAAUGGACAGGAGACUUCUUUAACAAGGGCAUCUAUGACAUCCACGUGAGCCUGCGAGGGGUGCCGCUGCUGGAGUGGGAGACGGAGGUGGAAAUUGACAAGCUGAGAGCCAGUGAUAUCAUGGAACCCAACCUGACCUACGUGUAUCCCCACACCCGGAUCCAGUCGCUGGUCAGUAUCCUGCGCACGACAGUCCAUCAUGCCUUCCCUGUGGUGACGGAGAACCGGGGGAAUGAGCGGGAGUUCAUGAAGGGGAACCAGUUGAUCAGCAACAACAUUAAAUUCAAGAAAUCCAGCAUCCUCACCAGAGCCGGAGAACAGCGCAAGCGGAGCCAGUCCAUGAAAUCGUACCCCUCGAGCGAGCUGCGCAACAUGUGCGACGAGCAUGUGGCGACGGAGGAGCCGCCCGAGAAGGAGGAUCUGCUGCAGCAGAUGCUGGAGAGAAGGUAUACUCCCUACCCCAACCUGUACCCAGACCAGUCCCCCAGCGAAGAGUGGACCAUGGAGGAGCGCUUCCGACCGCUGACCUUCCACGGCCUGAUUUUGCGCUCGCAGCUGGUUACCCUGCUCGUCCGAGGAGUCUGUUACUCCGAGAGUCAGUCGAGCACCAGCCAGCCUCGCCUGUCGUAUGCUGAGAUGGCUGAGGAUUACCCCCGUUACCCAGAUAUUCAUGACCUGGACCUCACGCUGCUGAACCCACGCAUGAUAGUGGAUGUCACCCCUUACAUGAACCCGUCUCCCUUCACGGUCUCUCCAAACACUCAUGCCUCACAAGUCUUCAACCUGUUUCGGACGAUGGGGCUUAGGCACUUACCAGUGGUGAAUGCAGUUGGAGAGAUUGUUGGAAUAAUAACUCGACACAACCUGACUCAUGAAUUUCUGCAGGCAAGACUGAGACAGCACUACCAGACCAUUUGACCCUGCUGCCGGUACGGCUCCCUUCUUCCUCCAAGCCUGCACGUGCCCUUGCUUUCUGCUUGGACGCCCCAUGUCCAAGGACAGGACAGUUGGUUUCUCUCUCACAUAGACUGUGGACCAGAGGACAUCUUGCUCAUGGAGACUAGAGGAGCGAUUUGAGACCAGAGCUGCUAGCUGGCCUCAGAGAGGUGCUUUGUUUGACUGCUCUUUGCCAAAAUGCUUUUUUCUCUCCAGCUGUCUCUUUCAUCAGAAGUUGCCCUGCACUGCUCUUCCUAUAGAAAUGCCUACAGUUUGGAGAGUAAAAAUAACACCGGCUCCACCACGUCCCAUGUGAAGGAGUGCAGCCAAUUUCUUCUCUCACUUGUUGAUUUCUUCUCCGUCCUUUCUUUGCUGCAGUAGUUGCCUUACUGUCACGAGAAGGGCUUGUUGUCAAAGCUAUCAGUGGCAACAUCAGACCUCCUUUGGGGGUAGGGUGGGGAAUUUUCUGCCGUUGGGAACUCUUAAAUUGCCCAGGUUUUUCACUCUUGCUCCAUGUUUUUCAGUUCAGUUCUUAAAGCUCCUAAUUUCUUAAUAUCCUUCAGGUGCUGGAAUCCCCGCUGUGGAUUUGUCUGAUAGCAGCUAGCUGCUGAGAGCAUCUGGGCAAGCUAAGAAUCCAAAACAACUUGGUUCUAAUACCUGUUCUGGAUAAACCCUUAACACACUGACAAAACAACAUGGAAGAGAGAAAUCCCUUCCCCUUCAUUUGCUGCUUCCCCUUACAAGAGAAGCCUUUUAUCAGGCACUCUUGUCCCUUCCUUGUAAUACUAUGUUGCACCUCUAUGGUGCAUUACCUAGUGCUCUGCUGCAGAGACCCAGUGAUAGGAGCCUGGUUUCACUUGGGGGUUCUGGAUUUCAAGGCAUCUCUACUGCCAGGGCUGUGGAGGUGGAGGAAAUCUCUCUCACCCCCCAAGCAUUGAGCUGCCCAUGGAGAAGAGCAUGAGCAUUACUUCUCCAGCUCAGAUUCCCAGCCUCUGGCAGCUGUGCGGGUUUACUUUAGUUUCAUGAAACAAGAUGAUGUGAUUUGUGCUGCUGCCGGACAGAAGGAGCCUGGGGAGGUUGAGGCUGCCAGCCAGCCAGAGCUUUGCAGGGAGGUUAGUGGAAGGACUGUCGGCAGCUCUCAGCGUUUGGGAUGCUUGCGAUAGCAGACUCACCUGCCGGGUACCGUCAGCACCAAGAAGCUGGUCAAAGCCAGUCUGAUGCUCUAGCAGGCACCAUCCUGGCCAGUACCUGUCGUUCUAGGGGCUACGGAACUGAUUGGCUUGCUAAAGCACAGAGCACGCUUGCUCACCUGGGGAUGGCAUCCCAGACAAUUUUCCCCAGAACCCUCUUACCAGCCCUCUGGUUAACUUGUUUCAUGGUACUGCAUGAAACUAGCUAGCUGUGGAAGAAGCUGCUUGUUUAGGAGUCUGGCUUAUUCUAAAACUGAGCCGUCUGGAGGGAUGGAAAACUCAGUUGUCACGUGUCCAUUGCAGAGCCUGUGAUCUUUGAUUUUGUCUAGGGACUCUGUGUGUUCCCUCGCUGGGCAGCGCUAUGGCAGAGGUUGCGUUGCUCUCAUUGCUUUAAUUGAAGAGGAGUUAGCGUGCAGAGAGCGCAUGUGUCGCACGCUGGGCCUUUCGUUAAGCAGGUUUCUUCUAGGAAUUGGUGAAGCUUUCCCCUGUAUUGGUUGUGGAUGGCUGAGUUGGUACGGGCAGAUCGAGUGUCUGGGGAUAGCUACAUGAUACAAAGGAGGCGAUAACUCUGCCGUGUUGGCAUUAGAACCUGUAACCAGCCACAGGACUCAGCUACAUAUUGGUUUAUUCAUUGUGGUGGUUUUCUUCUAGUCUCCCCUCUCCCCCGCGCAAUCUAGCAGACUGGAGGUUUUGGCCCUUCUUGCAUAUCCUGCUGAGCGGAGAGGGAAGAGCUUUGCUGUGUGUAGAGCAAAACUUCCCUUCAGCACAUGACAUUCCCCCUGCUGGGUCCAUCUGGUCGUAGCAGGUACCAUCCCAGUUUUGCAUGCCGGCCAAGAGGGUGCCCUGUGUGAUUCAGGUGCAUCGAACACCCCCGGCUUGUGACAGCUGUUCUGUCUCCGCCACAAUUGCAAAUAGCCUGUGUGCUCAGGAGACCCUUCUGCACUAGCCCUGAAGGGGGGAGGGUUGACCUUUCCGCAUGCCAGAUAGACGGAAUGACAUUUUCCCAAGGCCAUCACCUAUCUCCUACCUCUUCCCCUGGGGCUCCAGAGCUGUGGUGGGAGUGGCCCAUACCAAGAUGGCUCAGUCCUGGCUGGCCAGGUAGUUCUUCAGGGAGAGCUUUGGUUAGAGGAGUCUAAAUGACUGUCAAGGGGGUUGACUUGGGCUUGUGCUUUUGACAUAGAGGGUGCCUUGUGCUAUGUAAACAGACUAACGAUGUAACGAUGGUCGGCCUGUUUCGCCCAUAUGUAGAGCAGGCCUGCAAGUAACUUGCUUUCCCUCUGCUUUGGGCCAGGGGCCAGUCGUUUCUGUAGCUGGAAAGAGACUGAACUUGUCCCAGAAACUCUAGGACCUUUCCCUCCUCGCCCCAGGUGAAUGGGAUGUUCGAAAUAUGCUUGUGUUGAACUAGCUUCCAGUCCAGAGGGAUCUGGCUCCUGCACAGUCCCCCCCAUCACUGGUGUGUGGCCUUGUACACAGUCUUAUCUCUUCAUUAGCCCAGCGAGAGACCUGGUUCUUCCUCCUCUAUUCAGAUGCUAUGUGGGAGUUCAGCCUCUCUCCCGCCCCCUCCCCCCUAAUAAAAUAGGGCUUGUUAAUUUUGUCAGUCGCCUUCACCAGGCAUGUCCGGUUUGCUCAGUACAUGAGGCGUGGCAGUGUAUUUUGCCAAACCACGUCUUGGCCUCACUAGUGAGUUGUGGUGCGAGGAGCCCCAGGCCAGCCAAGCUGAAACAUCUCGCUCUGGUACAUCUGAGCCCUGGCCUUAGUGAAGGCUGCUGGACUCCAGCCUGUGCUCAACCGCACUUGCUCUGCCCAAGCAUCCAUCCUACUGGUAACUGCUGUGCAAGGAAAACAUUUCCUUUCACUGCUACAGCCAGGAGAAUGUGUAACUGGCCGCAGUGGGACUCUGCCAGCUGCUUUAAAGGGAAUCCACAAAUGGACGUGCCCCUGCUCAGCAGUCUUGUCUAUGGGCCAUAGCAGGGAAAUUUCCUUCCUGAAGUAAGGCAGUUCCGGGGUGCCCCUCUCUGAGUGUGGUUCUGAGAUGCAGCACUUGCCUCUGCCGCUUAUCACGAUUGCACAGGAUCCCGGAUCCUCUCUUCCAUCGAGACUUCUCAGACAUCGCAGACCACUGCACUCCCUUCUCCCCAACCUUAACUGCUUGUUGUCUGCCCCUGACGGCUAAGCAGCUCACUAGACCGGUGCCUGUAAUUCUUAUCAGAGUAAAACAGAGAGAGAGUCCACAUCGUGGGUCAGUAUUGAUGGCAAACGCGCAGGCGAGCAGACGGCACUGCUUCCUGUGCAGCGUCUUAACUCUUCUGUGCUACGAGCCACGCCGGUGGCAGUCACGUAUCAUUUUAUUUUGCACUGUUUUGUUACCAGAUGAUGUAAGCUAAUUCCACGGUGUAUAUAAACUGUAUUUUUUUUAAAUUUGUAUGAAUAUAUAUUUUUAUUUGAACUUUGGCACUUGGGAUGUGGUCUUGUCACCGUAAACUGUCUGAGUAAAAUGUCUGUGUCCUUCUGCAA